CCAUGAGAAGUGCGUUUUACCAGAAAGUCACAAGACUUUAGCGGCAGCGAAACACGGAAAGUGGCGUAGUUCACAGACGUUGCUACGUCCAGUUGAAGUCGUUCCCGUGUUUCGCUGUCGCUAAAGUCUUGUGUGGUACGAUCAGACUUUCACAUUCCUUCGCAUGAGAUACUGAUAUCGCUAAUCUACUGUUGCCUUCCCGAAUGAACUACGAUAAAGAGUCACACAAUAGCUGUUCAGUGCAGUGAAUGUGCGUUCGUGAUGAUUGGAUACGUACUGAUUUCCACAGCAGUAUUCCUUCUGCUGCUAAAGCUGUAUAACAAAUGCACUAUAGGAGUUUGUCAAAGUCAAAGAUUAUUGCAUGGAAAAACUGCAAUUGUUACCGGUUCAAACACAGGUAUUGGAAAGGAGACUGCAAGAGACUUAGCAAAAAGAGGUGCUCGAGUAAUUUUAGCCUGUCGUGAUCAGCAGAAGGGCCUGGAAGCUAGAGAUGAAAUUAUAAGAAGCACAGGAAAUAAAAAUGUGAUUCUACAUCUGGUUGACUUGAGUUCUCUAGCAUCUGUGAGAAAAUUUGCAGAGAACAUAAAAAAGUCAGAGAACUGUCUGGACAUAUUAGUAAAUAAUGCUGGUGUUGGAGGCCUCCCACCAAAGUUCACAAAGGACAAUCUACUAAUUGGGAUGCAUGUUAAUCAUUUUGGACCUUUCCUUCUAACACUUCUAUUACUAGAUCUUCUGAAGAAGUCUGCACCAAGCCGAAUUGUAAUGGUAUCAUCAGUAGCACACAAAUAUGCUAAACUCAGUGUAGAUACUAUAAAUGAAAAAGAUAAUAAUGGUGUGAGGGUUUAUGCAAAUAGUAAGCUUUGCAAUAUCUUGUUUGCCAAUGAACUGUCACGCAGACUAAAGGGGACGGGAGUCACUGUGAACAGUUUGCAUCCAGGAAUAGUUAAGACAGAUAUUCUUCGAAGAUUGCCUAGAUUCAUUAUGUUGACUAUAAAUUACCUAUUUGGACAUUUUGGAAAGACAGCAUAUGAAGGGGCACAAACAAGUAUUUACCUUGCUGUGUCUGAAGAUGUCGAGGGUGUAACUGGAAAAUAUUUUGCAGAUUGCAAGGAGGCACAGACGUCUUCUUCAGCACAAGAUGAAGAGCUAGCUAGAAAAAUAUGGAUAAAAAGUGAAAUACUAGUUGGCUUAAAGCCAGAGGAGAAGUACUGGUGAAAAAAUAUACAAAAGAACAAGUAAAUUUAUGCCUUCUUAGGGUUUUAUAAAUGAUUUUAUAAUACCAUGCGUACAGUUUUAUCUAGCUUUCAAAUAACUGUUUUCUCUUAUAAGUGACACAUCUUUGUAGGAGAAUAAGAACUUUGCUGCAAAGAGUAAAUGAAAGUUUGAGACUUAGGGACAACUGUAAACGUAAAAUCAUUUAUUGAUGUCAUAUACGAAGUACUUAAGAAUAAAUAAAAGUGGUCAGUCAGAACA